AGAGUCCUAGCAGACGACGUGUGCACAUGUCAGCCAAUGUCAGCGAACGUGGCGAAUGGAGUAAAUUUUUGCCGUGGCAUUCUUUCCGCGAAUAUGAGUAUUCUGUUUCGCGAAAGUUACGGAAACGAGAAAGAGAUAGUCUAUGUAAAGUCCGAAGAUGGUUUCAGCGUAAAGGACGUGAGAUUUACCCUCACCGAAUCGCUAGCCGUUCGUUCGCGGAUCGCGUCUAUCUUCAAACAGAUAUUCCUGCCGCAAGGGUAUCCAGACAGCGUGCAUCCUGACUACACAGGGUAUCAGAUAUGGGACACGGUACAGGCCUUUGCGAGUACUAUAACAGGCACAUUGACGACUCAUUCUAUAAUGAAAGGGAUAGGGGUUGGAGAGUCAAAUGCUACACCCUUGGCAGCAGCGAUAACAUGGAUCCUGAAGAGUGGCACUGGGAUGAUUGGAAGUAUAAUGUUUGCAUGGUGGAAUGGAACCAAAUUAGAUGGCCAAUGCAAAAAAUGGAGAUUAUUUGCCGAUAUCUUGGAUGACAUAGCCAAAGGAAUAGAAUUACUUGUACCAUAUUUCUCCUCAUACUCCGUUGUAAUUCUGUGUAUCUCGACCACCAUGAAGUCCAUUGUUGGUGUUGCUGGUGGAGCUACGAGAACAGCACUGAUUCAUCACCAGGCGAUACAAAAUAAUGUGGCAGAUGUUUCUGCAAAGGAUGGGAGUCAAGAAACUUGUGUAAAUCUAAUUGCGUCAUUCUUUGGAAUCUUCAUAUUGUCUUUAUUCCACGAUGGACAAUAUUUAUUAGAAUUAUAUCUCUUCCUGGUGGCAGUUCAUCUCUAUGCAAAUUAUUCGGCAGUUAAAGCAUUGUGUUUAGAUACACUCAAUGAAGAUCGUUUGGCUAUAAUCGUUAAGAAUUACAUGACGAAUGAACAAAUUCCCGAGCCAUGGAAAGUGAAUAAAGAAGAAUCGGUAUUUCUACUUAAAAAUACUGCCAGAGGUGUACAUGGCUUUAAUAUAAAAAUUGGUGUAUCAUUCGCAAGUAUCAUGAAGAGAAAAAUAAUUUCAUCCAUGGAAAUGGAAUUUUUACUGAAAUUCUUUGAAAAAAGGAAAUAUAUCAUAACAAUAGAUAUUAAAAAAAGGAAUAUAUUUGUAAUUCUUAAAAAAGAUAUACAACCUACCGAAAUACUUGAGUCAUAUUUCUUUGCUUCCAUGUGUGCUUUCUAUUUUUGUAUGAUGAGAAGAAUACCAAUAGACAUACUGUUGAAAUCUGAAACAUCUGAAAUAUCAUAUCCGUUACUGAAUAUGUACAUUCUGUACAAAAAUUUAGAUAAUAGCAUACAAUUGUCGAGCAUAGCUAAUCAAAGUAUCUGCGCUACAGACGUAAUCGUCUCUAAUGAGUACAAAGCAUUCCUUAGCAAUCUAAAAAGAAAUGGAUGGAAAACAGAAACAAAUUUAUUGGCAGUUGGCGCCUGGAGAUUUUCCAUGGACAAUAAUGAAUAACAAGAAUUAUCAGAAAUAAAUUGCUGAGAAGGUCUACACUUGUAAGUGCUAUUCUUUAUUCAGAUAACUUUUUUAACUUAACUAUAAUUUAAAAAACGAUAAUAAUAGUAAUAUAUGAGAAUAAAACAUUUUGAAAAAUA